AUGUCCUCGAUUUUUGUCGAUGAAGCCGCUGGCUCUGAUACCACUGGACAAGGAACCAAAGAGGCCCCAUACCAAUCUCUCGCUUAUGCCGUCUUCAAGCACGAGACUGCCACUUUUCAAAUCCGCAAAUCCCCAGAAGCAGAGUACGACGAACCAACCCAGUCAUCUUUGAAGAAGGCCAAGAAGAACGCUAGUGGAAUCGAAAAGAAGCUUAAGAAACAGGAAGAACUCGCAGAACGUGAGGCAAAGGAAAAGGGCGAGGAGCGAGAGAGGAAGGAGAAGCAGUUGGAAGAAAGCAAGAAAAUUGUUCUCGAGGAAGAUGCUUCCCUUCCCAAAGCCAUCAAGUCCAAAAUCGCUCACUUGGAGGCUCACAGAUCGAAACGCGUCCGAGUCUUUGGAUGGGUCCAUCGUCUUCGCCAGCAAAAAGAUAUCAUCUUUCUUGUCGUUCGAGACGGCACGGGAUACUUGCAAACAAUCUUAUCAGGCCGUGUAGCACAAACUUAUCACGCUCUUACUCUUACCCUCGAAUCCUCAGUCGAAGUCGUUGGAACACUCCAAGAGGUUCCUGAAGGCAAAACUGCGCCAGGUGGACAUGAGCUUAUCGUGGACUACUGGAAGGUUGUAGGGUCUGCCCCAGGAGCAGAUGACGCGUUCACCAACCGUUUGAACGAGAAAUCCGAUCCUUCGAUCCAGGCCGACCUUCGACACCUCGUUCUUCGCGGAGAGACCGCUUCGAGUGUCCUACGUCUUCGCUCCUAUCUUCUAUCUGCAUUCCGCGAAUCACUCACUGCCGAGAAUUUGAUUGAGGUUACACCCCCAUGCUUGGUGCAGACUCAAGUCGAGGGUGGCGCAACACUCUUCAAACUCGAUUACUACGGGCAGCCAGCGUUCCUCACCCAGAGCUCCCAGCUGUACCUCGAAACAUGCCUUCCCAGUCUUGGAGAUGUUUUCUGUGUACAAGAGAGUUUCCGCGCGGAGAACAGUCACACUAGACGCCAUCUGAGCGAGUACACUCACCUGGAGGGCGAACUCGCGUUCAUCGACUUCAACGACCUCAUGGCUCACAUUGAGCAAAUUAUUUGUAAGACGGUCGACAUCCUCCUCGCGAACCCCACCUCCGCCGCGCUCAUCAAACAGCUCAACCCCAACUUUCAACCUCCCGCGCGUCCCUUCCUCCGCAUGUCCUACGUCGAAGCGAUCAAGUGGCUCAACGAACACGGCAUCCAGCACCCUGCUGAAGAUGCGGAAGGUAACCCAAUCAAAGAUGAGAAAGGUCAGGUGGUGCUGGUAGACCACAAAGUCGGGGACGACAUCGCCGAAGCUGCUGAGAGACAGAUGACUGACAUCAUUGGGACGCCCAUCUUUCUGCACGGCUUCCCCGCUGAGCUCAAGGCGUUUUACAUGAAGAAGGUGCCUGUUGAGCCUGGAACACCCGGACCGAUGUUCACUGAGAGCUGCGAUUUGCUCAUGCCCAAUGUCGGCGAAAUCGUUGGAGGAUCGAUGAGGAUUGCCGAUAUGGAUGAAUUAAUCGCGGCAUACAAACGAGAGGGAAUUGACCCUGAGCCUUACUAUUGGUUCACUGAUCAACGCAAAUACGGUACAUGCGAACAUGGUGGCUACGGUCUCGGUGUUGAGCGAUUCUUGGCUUGGCUCGCCAACAGGUACACAGUACGCGAAUGCUCCUUGUAUCCCAGGUGGCCUGGCCGAGCUACCCCGUGA